AUGGCCGCGUGGGACGCGCGCGAGGCCACGAGCGGGCACGGGCCCUUGGCGGCGGCGAAGGCACGCGGCGGAAGAGAGCAGUCGGCAGUUGGCGGCAACUCGUGGAAUGUGGUCUCGGGGUACGGGCCCGGCUGGGGUGCCGCUCCGAAGCCACCACGGUACGAUACUGAGGGGAGACCGGUGGAUACCGGUAAAGCC